CACAGAAGCUGGAAACCAGAAACUAGAAACUCAGUUGCAGUUCUAGGAGUUCAGGUGCCUAGUCAUGGCCCAAGAGACAGCACCACCAUGUGGCCCAGUCUCAACAGGUGACUGUCCGAUGAUAGAAAAGAUGGAAAAAAGGACAUGUGCCCUCUGUCCUGAAGGCUAUGAGUGGAGUCAGAUAUAUUUUGCGCCAUCAGCAAAUAUAGCUGCUCAUGAAAAUUGUUUGCUGUAUUCAUCAGGACUGGUGGAGUGUGAGGCUCAUGAUCCACCUAAUACAGCUAGAAACUUUGAUGUCAAAUCAGUAAAGAAAGAGAUCUGGAGAGGAAGAAGAUUGAAAUGCUCACUCUGUAACAAAGGAGGCGCCACCGUGGGAUGUGAUUUAUCGCACUGUAAAAAGAGUUACCAUUAUGUCUGUGCCAAAAAGGACCAAGCCAUUCCUCAAGUUGAUGGGGACCAUGGAACUUACAAAGUAUUUUGCCCAGAACAUCCUCCACAACAAGAGACCACUGAACGUGCUGAUAGCCCAAUCAUGAAGAAGAAGAGAGGAAGGAAGAAACGCCUCUCCUCAGACCCUCCCACAGAGCCAAAAAAGGGGAAAUUCAGUAACUCCAAAAGACACAUGAUGGAAGAGCCUCAUGGCCACACAGAUGCAGCUGUCAAAGCUCCUUUUCUUAAGAAAUGCCAGGAAGCAGGACUUCUUACUGACUUAUUUGAACAGAUACUAGAAAAAAUGGAUUCAAUUCAUGGAAGAUUCAUGGAUGAGACUGCCUCAGAGUCAGACUAUGAAGGGAUCGAGACCUUACUGUUUGACUGUGGAUUGUUUGGAGACACACUAAGACAAUUCCAAGAAGUAAUCAAGAGCAAAGCUUGUGAAUAUGAAGAAAGGCACAGGCAGAUGAAGCAACAGCUUGAGGCACUUGCAGACUUACAACAAAACUUGUGUUCAUUUGAAGAAAAUGGGGACCUGGAUCACUCAAGCUCUACUUCAGGAUCCUUGCUACCUCCUGAGGACUACCAGGUCAGAGGCCAGGAGUCUCCUGAAGUGCAAGCAGGCUCAGGAGACAGCCUGUGAUAGAUCCACAGUCCCCUCUACUCUGAUGUGCUACUUCUCAUCCAUGCUCAGUACCUGAUUGGGUGUUUCUUGUCUCUUCUCUUCUCAUCUCACUUGUCCUGCUUUCCCCUGACAGUAAAAGCUGUUCCUCAGGUCAACUGGACCAGACCUCCAUGUUCUCCAAGGAUCAAGGAAGUCUUUCUACCUACCCUACCCACCCCAGUCAAGGGCAGGAAGACCAGAGCCUUUGCUCAUCCUUCGUGGGAUCUUAAGUUUUCUCUUGCCUCCUCUGCUCCUGCAGAAGGUCUCCUCAUGGUUUCCUUUCAAUCAAAAUAGAGCAGACUCAUUCCUGUGCAUAGUUCAUUGUUACCCUGUUUACUGCUCACUACCAUAUUGCCAAUAUUUAGCACACUUAAUAAAUGCUUGUUCUAAACACUG